AUGAAUGGAAGAGAGGACGACGACAAUCAGUCCGACGUUUCGGACUACGAAAUGUAUGAAGACUACGCCCCUGUACCACCCCUUCAACCACUGCACACACCACCACCAGCUGUUCGUCGACUUGAUUUUGGCUACCGUGUCAUUUUCGGAGAAAAUGAAGAUGAUGUUCCAUUCGUACCGCCACAAAGACACUUAAUUGAUGAAGGAUUUGAGGAGCCGGAACCCCGAAUUCCAGUGCCCACACAUCGUCAGGAGUCGCCACCGGCGCACCAGGACCCGCCGAUGGAGGUGAGCGAUGAUGAAGGUCACUUCGGUGACCUGGAGCUCUACCCGACGUCUCGCCGUCUUCUUCAUCGUUCUAAUGAUUAUGCUCAAGAAGGUCAAGAUCAAACUGAUGGGCUCCAAAAGGACAAGGAAACGGCGCAGAGAAUCAGUGAAAGUGAUGCUCUGACCGAUGAGGAGUAUCGGGUGCUUCUCCAUCAGUUGUCGAUUGAGGAAGCGAAGAAGAGAAAUCCUCUUCGUUAUGGAUUGCUCCCGUUGAGCAAUCCCGAGGAGCCAGCUUCUCAGCUUCUCCCGGUCGCACCACGUCGCCCACGCACCGAGCCCUCGUCUGGCUUCUCCUUCAACCCGUCUCCCUCCGCUUCGAAUCCCGAGCCGCUGCCAUCCACAUCGGGGUACUCUGAGGAGGACGCCAGACGCGCCAGCGAGCGUUUCGAAGAGGAGAUGUUUAAAGCUAUUGAGGAGAGCAAAAAUAGAAAGAGAAAAAGAGAGGAGGAAUAA